AUGAACGGAACUGUCCUUAUUACCGGAGCUAACGGCUCUUUAGCCCUUGGCUUCGCCCAGUCAUUCCUAUCCCUCUACCCAGAGCAUACACUCAUCGCGACGGUCAGAAACCCAUCGCCAGAAAAAGAUCCCAAUACUGCCAGGCUCAUCCAACUUGUUUCCAAUUACCCGAAUGCCAACGUCCACAUCGAAGCCCUAGAUCUUAGUAGCCUAUCGAACGUCCGCUCUUUCGCAGAAAAACUCUCUACUCGCAUCCGCAUCAGGGAGCUCCCACGUCUGACAGCUCUAAUAUGCAAUGCCGCAUCAAUUUCCCUAGGGAGUGGACAGAAAUUCACAUCCGAUGGCUAUGAAACGACCUUCCAAGUCAGCCACCUCUCGCACUACCUUCUGGUCUUAAGACUUCUCGAGAGCAUGGAUGUUCACUCGGGACGGAUUGUUAUGCUUGGAUCAAUUACUCACUAUCCCGAGAAACCAAAUCCUCUAUACUCGCUCAAAACACGCAUUCCGGAUGAUAUCGAAGAGCUUGUCAAGCCAGGUCCUGAUCCUCCGUCUCUGAUUUAUGAUAGGGGAUUUCAGAGGUAUGGGAUAGCUAAGCUUUCAAACGUGACGUUUGCGAACGAUCUAAACAAAAGACUGAAGAAGGACCCGAAACUAUCAAAUGUAUCCGUGAUGUCUAUGGAUCCGGGUGGACUUCCUUCGUCGAGGGGGCAAGUGGAGCAAAAGAGAUCCGUGAGAUUCAUUUUCGCGGUUAUCAGCUUUCUCAUGCCGGUGCUUAAGCACUUGACUACUGAUUUCCGGACAACGGAGGAUUCGGGACGAGACCUUGUCGCCGUUAGUCUUGAUCCGAUGUUCCAUGGUAAGGGUGGGUAUUUUGUUGGGCAGAUACAGGGGAGUCCUGCGGCUGUUAGUGAAGACUUGGAAUCUCAAAAGAGGUUAUGGGAUGCGUGCUGGAGAUGGGCUAGGCUUCAUGAUGAGGAAACAAUACUUCGAGAUUGCUUCUAG